AUGGACGUAAAGGAUUUGAUAAUAGGAAUAGUGUUCUUACUUCAGAGCAUAGUUGGAAUUCUUGGGAAUUUCUCUUUUCUCUCCUACUAUCUCAUGCAUUACUACAUUGAGCAGACAUUAAAGACCACAGAUUUGAUUCUUAUACACCUGUUCACAGCCAACUCCUUGAUCAUUCUUUCUAAAGGAUUAUUCCAUACAAUGAAAUCUUUUGGGAUGAAAGAGUUCACUAAUAAUUUUGGCUGUGAAUUUCUUUUGUAUUUUCAAAGACUAGGCAGGAGCAUGUCCAUUAGCUCCACCUGCUUCUUAAGUGUUUUUCAAGCCAUCAUAAUCAGUUCUGGGAACUCUUCAUGGUUGACACCUAAAGUAAAAUCUCCAAAGCAUAUUGGCCUCUUCACUUCCCUCUGCUGGAUUUUCUACAUGUCAAUAAAUAUUAUUUUUCCUGUGUAUAUGAAAACCAAGGUGAACAACAAAAACAUGACACUUAACAGUGUCAUGAAAUGCUGUGCAGCUUCAAGUCAUGAUGACCUCACAAGCUCAUUAUAUACAGCAUUGUUUGUUCUUCCUGAAAUUAUGCUUUCUGUCAUCAUUGUUUGGUCCAGUGGCUCCAUGGUUGUCAUUCUGUAUAGACACAAACAACGUGUUCAACAUAUCCGCAGCACCAGUGUUACCUACAGAUCAUUCCCUGAGUCCAAAGCCACCCACCGCAUAUUGAUCCUGGUGUCCACAUUUAUAGGCUUUUAUGCCCUUUCUUCUAUCCUACAAGGCUGCAUUGCUCUCAUAUAUAACCCUGGUUGGUGGCUGGUGAACAUUACUGCAGUCAUUUCAAUGUGUUUUCCUACUUUGGGACCCUUUGUUAUAAGCCAUCACUACACAGUGCUAAGGUUGUGCUUUUCCUGA